UUUCCUACUUUUACGAUAUAAAAAGUGUAGUUACUUCGUGUAUUGUUGUAGUUAAAACCGUCUAGGCUGAUUCAUGAAAACCGCGAAAAAACUUUGUGAUAAGAUACAUAUUAUCGGUUCUAGUCUUGGUAAUCGAGGUGUCUGGUAUUUGAUAAUUUUUUCACCAAAGCUUUCUCGCCAAUUGAAGACUUUACACUAUUUCAUUUUAUUGUGUUUUUGCGGUGAAAAAGUUGAAAAAAUGAGCAUAAUAGUUGAAGUGAAACAGGGUAAACUCGAAGGAAAAGAGAAUACUUCGGUGUUGAGUGGGAAGAAGUUUUAUACUUUUUCUGGUAUACCAUAUGCUAAACCACCUGUCGGCGAUUUACGAUUUCGACCUCCCAAGCCAGCUGAGAAAUGGGAAGGAAUAUUGGACGCGACUUACGAAAAAGAUAUCUGUAUUCAAAAGCAUACAAUUCUAGGGGAUAUUUUGAGUGGAUCCGAAGAUUGUCUUCAUCUCAACGUAAAUACUCCCGAGAAUCCUAAUAAUAUUAAAACCCCCAAAGCUGUCAUAGUAUAUUUUCAUGGAGGUGGCUACGUUUGGGGAUCUGGUACAGAGGAGUGGUAUUCGGCUGAUUAUUUGGUAGAGCAAGAUGUCAUCGUGGUUACAUUGAAUUUCAGAUUACAUGUACUAGGAUUCCUAAAUCUAGACAUACCAGAAUGUCCUGGUAACGUUGGCCUGAAAGAUCAAGCCUUGGCUUUGAAAUGGCUCAGAGAAAACAUCACUAAAUUCGGAGGAGAUGCUAAUAAUAUAUCUAUUUUCGGUACGAGCGCUGGCGCGAGUUCAGUUCAUUUUCUCAUGUUAUCUCCUCUCACCAAAGGAUUAUUCGACAAAGCGAUCCUGCAAAGUGGUUCUGCAAUGGUAGCCGGCAUGUUUUCAUACGACCAUCAAUCAAUAGCUAAAGAGCUAGGCAAAAAACUUGAUUUUCCUGGAGGAAGUGAAUACGAAUUACUGGAUUUCCUGAAAAAGCAGGAUGCCUCCGAAUUGACUCGAGUCAGCGAUUUAAUGAGACUUGAAUUCUUGCAUAAAUACCCAGGCAGGGCAAAAGCAGGGCUGUUUGUUCCUUCAGUUGAAACUGUCAAAGAUGGUGCAUUGCUGCCAGAUAUUCCUGAAAAUCUUUUAAAAAGUGUGCAUCCCAUACCAGUCAUUUGUGGCGUCACGAAUAGUGAAGGGAUUUUGUUUAUCAGAUUGACUUCACCAGAUACAGUGACUAAAUUAAAAACUGAUUUUUCCAUCAUUUUGAGUAAUAAUUUCAAAAUUGAUCCGGCCUUGGUCCCCGAUUUAAGCGAUAAAAUCAAGAAAUAUUACUUCGGUGAAAAAGAAGUAGACUUGGGUGAAGAAUUAUUUAAUCUUUAUACGAAAUUACUUUUCUAUCGAUUUUACGACAGUAUUGAAAAUUUAUCGAAAUCAUCGACUCCUCCCUACAUCUACGAGUUUUGUUACGAUGGAAAUUUGAACCUGUUUAAAAAAUUAGUCGCAAGCGGAAUUCAUCCAGAACCAAAAGGAGCCUGUCAUGCUGACGACCUUUUUUACAUUUUUUCAAUGAAAAUAUUACCACAUGCUUCACCCUUGAGUGGCAAUGACCGCGAAGUAAUUAAGAACAUGACUUCUCUAUGGGCGAAUUUCGUCAAAACUGGAACCCCUAAACAAGAUCUGUGGGAACUUUCCACUUACAGUGAACCUCGUUACUUACGAAUCGAUCGCGAAUUGACCCUGGUCGAUGGGAAAGUCUAUGGAAAACGAUUGGAAUUUUUGAAGAAUUUAUUGGAUCCGGUGAUCGAGUCUGAUAGGAUAUUGUAAACGUGUCACACAUUAUUGUAUUAUUCAUAAAGCUUAGAAUACCUAAAUCGAAACAUGAAACAUCAUCUCGUCGUGUUUGUAAUCAGUGCAAUUUUACUUCGCGAAUCAUUUGUAACUUGAUUAUUUUGCGAGUUUAUCAGCCCAACGUACACAGAUCACAUACGUCGACGUGCUUGGUGACUAAUACAAUUUAUGUAUAUUCGUCAUUCGUGUUAAUCUUAUUAUCAGAUUAGGGUGAUUAGCCAUCAUCACCAUAAAAUAUGCUACUUUGAUAAUUUUUCAUCCAGUUUUGUUGUUGUACGCACUACAUGAAUGAAAUA